AUGUUCAAUAACAAGCACUGGGUAUUCCAACAAAAUUCGGCGCCAGCUCAUAGAGCGAAGAGCACACAAGACUGGCUGGCGGCGCGUGAAAUCGACUUCAUCCGGCACGAAGACUGGCCCUCCUCCAGUCCAGAUUUGAAUCCGUUAGAUUACAAGAUAUGGCAACACUUGGAGGAAAAGGCGUGCUCAAAGCCUCAUACCAAUUUGGAGUUACUCAAGACAUCCUUGAUUAAGGCAGCCGCCGAUAUUGACAUGGACCUCGUUCGUGCAGCGAUAGACGACUGGCCGCGCAGAUUGAAGGCCUGUAUUCAAAAUCGCGGAGAUCAUUUUGAAUAA